CUGGGCGGGAAGAGUGAGAGGGCUCAGGAUCUGAGCCGGGCGGCUUCCGUGGACUGGAGUUCUGCCCCUCCUUUCCUUUCUCUAGGUGAGGUCUUCAUUCUGCCUCCGCGGGUCCUUCGCGUGCGGGAGACUUCAGCGUCGAUCCCUCCAGCCUCCCGCGGCGUCUCCGCCGCGCCCUGCCUGGCAGCAGCAUGGGUGGCGCCCGCGACGCGGGCUGGGUGGCGGCGGGCCUGGUCCUCGGCGCCGGCGCCUGCUACUGCAUCUACAGGCUGACGCGGGGCCCGCGGCGAGGCGGCCGGGGCCGUGGGCUGCGCCCCUCGCGGUCUGCAGAAGACUUAACGAAUGCUUCCUAUGAUGAUGUCCUAAAUGCUGAACAACUUAAAAAACUCCUUUACCUUCUUGAGUCAACUGAGGAUCCUGUACUCAUUGAAAAAGCCUUAGUCACUCUGGGUAACAGUGCAGCCUUUUCAGCUAACCAAGCUAUUAUUCGUGAAUUGGGAGGUAUUCCAAUUGUUGGAGACAAAAUCAACAAUCCAAACCACAGCAUUAAAGAGAAAGCUUUAAAUGCACUAAAUAACCUUAGUGUAAAUGUUGAAAAUCAAAUCAAAAUAAAGAUAUAUAUCAAUCAAGUCUGUGAGGAUAUCUUCUCUGGUCCCCUGAACUCUGCUGUGCAGCUGGCUGGGCUAAGGUUGUUAACAAAUAUGACUGUUACCAAUGACCACCAGCACAUGCUGAGCCGCUCCAUUGCUGACCUUUUCCAUGUGUUACUUACUGGAGAUGGAAGCACAAAGGUUCAGGUUUUGAAGCUGCUUGUGAAUUUGUCUGAAAACCCAGCCAUGACAGAAGGACUACUCAGUGCCCAAGUGGAUUCAUCAUUCCUUUCUCUUUAUGACAGCCAUGUAGCAAAGGAAAUUCUACUUCGAGUACUUACAUUAUUUCACAACAUAAAUAACUGCCUCAAAAUGGAAGGCCAUUUAGCUAUUCAGCCUCCUUUUCCUAAAGGUUCAUUGUUUUUCCUAUUAUAUGGAGAAGAAUGCGCCCAGAAAAUGAGAGCUUUAGUUUAUCAUCAUGAUGUGGAUGUGAAAGAAAAAGUUGUGACAGUAAUUCCAAAAUUUUGAUUCGUUAGUCAUAUUUUUCUCAAGUAAUGCAGUCCAAAAAUUAAUACACAGAAACUUUAUCUCCCUUAGAAAAGGUUUCUUUCAUCUGCUGAAUUUAAACAGGAAACACCACGUUCCAUCUUUUAUACAGUACAGGCUGAACAUCCCUAAUCUGACAUGAUGCUCAGUUUUUCAGACUUUGGAACAUUUCAGAUAAGGAGGUUUUAGAUUAGGAUUGCUCAACUGGUAAUCUGUACAAACUCCAAAAUCUUUGAACGCUUCUGAUCCAAAUGAUUUGAGAUAAGAUAGUCAACCUGUUUUAACUUCAGGUUUUCAGGUUUAUUUUGGACCAUUCAUUUUAUUGAUGUCAAAUGAAAAUUGAGCAUUUACUGAAAGCAGUUACUUCCUACCUAUUCACUGAGAUACUUUAGUGAUUUCCAUAAUAUGAAAUGGCAGUGACCUUUUUAUGUCUGAUAUCCUUCCUCUGUUUGGAAUGACUUGAAGUUGUUCCUCUGCAGUAACAGUAGAUUAAACAAUAAGAUUAACUUAUUGUUUUCAAACUGCCACAGGAAUGGCCUUGUUCUCUCAGUAGCUAUGAGAACUUAAGCUCUCAAGUCCACCCCAGCUACACUGUUUUCAAGAGUCUAUUUCAGUCUCUAGAACAUAUUCUCAUCAUUGUUUUGUUUCUGGAGUGUUGGUUUUGGUGGUUUUUUUCUCCCUGUGUGCCAGUUCUGCGGCUUGAAUUCAGGGUCCCAUGUUCUCACUUGGCUU